AUGGAUAGUGGGGUCGAUCAUGACGAGCAAUUCAAACAGAAGCAACAGCAAAUCAUUAUGAUGGAUGGCACUCCCCCUUUCUCCAAAACAACCCACAUCAGCGACAGCGGCAGUUUUGAAGAUACUACUACUACAACCACCUCUAUGCCUAGCCCAUCAUCAUCCUCGUUUCAACCGUAUCCUUCUCCUGUAUCGCAAGAUGAUGGUGGCAGUACUACAACGAAUGAUAAUAGGUCCACAGCUUGGAUCGUUGCCUUUGAAGUGGUUUUUUCAGUUUUUGUUUUUGGCGUAGUAGCGGGAUGCUACAUUUUUGGAAUGAGACGACGAAGGCGUCAACGACAGCUUCAACGGGAAUAUGACCAACAAUACGCAGCAGCACAACAAGCUUGUAGUGAAUCUAUGAUAGAACGUGCCUAUAAUCGACAUGAACAAUUACCACCGACGAUACGCUUAUACACCAAUGAUUCAUCCGCUGCAUCAUCCAUGCUACAACUACCACCUUACUUUCCACCUGAUUCCACCUUGCGUCUUCCUGAACACGCUGUUGCGCGACUCUCUCAAGCCAUGCUCAUGGCCCAUAUGGGUCGACAUUAUAUAUCACCACCACAACAACCACUCUAUACUCAAUCAUCUACUACUGCUACAUCAUCCGCUUCAUCCAUCACGGCAACGCCACCACCCAAAUACUCUUCAGUAGUGUUAACACGUCCACCGCCCUCUUAUUGUAGCAGCAGUACACCCACAACAAGAACAUCUUCAAGAUCAUCUAUUUGA